CCCUAAUUUAGACUUGCAGGUAGCUUCCUACUUGUUUAACACGUUAGAGAGCCGUUAAACAACUGAUUGCGCUUACGUUUUGGCUAUAUAUGCUUCAUAGUAGUGUUACGGCCAUGUUUCUACGUACGUUUGCAAAUCUCAGAGAGGGAUAUGCGAUUUGUGUGUCAGCCUACGACAAAAUGCUGACUGAGAAACCGAACUCAGGGCAACAGUUCUCCAUUUUUUUUCCAGGAAGCGGAUGUUGUGGACGUUGUCAUCUUAACGGCAUCCGGUUUAGAAGACAGGCUAGCUUGGUAAAACAGCAGCGUACGGUGAAAUUAUUAAAAUAGCCGGCCGAAGGACAGAAAAAAUAACCUGGUCCGGUCCGCUGCUCAACAAUGGACGAGUUUUUGGUCGAUUUAUUUUGUAUUCGCGGACGGUCCGCUGUCACUAGGUCGGCUAGCUAGUUAGCACAGCUGGCUAACUGGCUAAUUAAAUCCUGACAAGUGCUCGGCGGCUUGUCUGACCAGCAGUCGAAAGAGAACUGUCAAGAGGAGGAAAUAAUUAACUUAUAUCCUAGCAGUUUACGGCUGACACAUCGGAGUGAUAACAGGAGCGGGUAUGGAUAUUGCUGUUGGCUCGACUUCUGGUUUAAUUGGCUGUAUGUUGAGUGGAGUAAGUAGACGAUUUUAAGGAGUAACGUUAGGUUAGGAUCUUAAAUAAGACAGGAGCUGUUAACCCGGCCCUGUUUGCCUUGGUUUACAGUGAAUCUUAAAUGUGAUGAUGUCUGAACAGGCGAUGGUGAUUACAUUAAGGAAAUAAUUUAUCGUUAUUUUCAUAUUCAAGAUUAGUUCGGCUAAUCGGGUGUAAUGUCACGUCACAGCUGUGUACAGUAAGUCCGGGUGACAGCUUGGAAAAGUAAACAGGUGUGACACACCAGCCUGCCCGCUGCAACUUUGCACUACAACUAAUGCCUGGUACAUCUUAUCAGUUACCUCUAGAUAUCUAGUUACUUGAAAUCACAACAUUCCUGCAAGCUGAUUGCACUUCUGGCUGUAGGCGCACAUAUUAAAACGUAUAGUUUUGCUGAUAAAACACAGAUGGGAGUUUAAAUGGCCACAACUGAGCAACAAAUUAGGAUGAUUUAAGGAUGCUCUGUAUAGGUAAUACAUCUUAGUGCUUUAACAUGAUCUCAGAAGUAUAUUAUUAAUGGGACUGUAUAGGUUUAUGAUUCAUAGGUCUUAUUGGUCGUUUGAGCAUUUUGGUUGGGGCGGUGGUAAUGUCCAGACUUUUACCCAGUGACAGUCUGAGAGUUAAGCUGUAGUUGUAGGUCUUGCUGCGAUCUUGCCAAUCCACCACAAUGCCAGCUGUGCUGUUCUUAUUAACGCUGCUUGGAGCAUUAUGCAGCCAUGGACAGGCCAUGACGAGGGAGGAGAAGCAGAGGUUGAGGAACCAAGUGGUUGAGAUGUUUGACCAUGCAUAUCAGAACUAUAUGGACCAUGCAUACCCAGCAGAUGAGCUGAUGCCACUAACAUGCAGAGGACGGGUACGCGGGCUUGAACCCAGUCGAGGUGACAUUGACGACGCUUUGGGAAAGUUCUCACUGACUCUCAUAGACACUCUGGAUACUCUGGUGCUUCUUAACAAGACGACAGAGUUUGAGGCUGCAGUGAGGAGAGUUCUGAAGGAUGUGCGGCUGGACAACGACAUCGUGGUGUCUGUCUUUGAAACAAACAUUCGAGUCCUUGGAGGUCUGUUGGGAGGGCACUCCAUGGCUGUAAUGCUGAAGGAGGGAGGUCAACACAUGCAGUGGUACCAGGAUGAACUUCUGGAUAUGGCCAAAGACCUGGGCCUCCGACUGUUGCCAGCCUUCAACACCAGUAGUGGCCUACCUUAUCCCAGGGUGAACUUGAAACAUGGUGUGUGGGGUCCUGAGACGAGGACGGGCACAGAGACCGACACCUGUACUGCGUGUGCAGGAACCAUCAUCCUUGAGUUUGCUGCCUUAAGUCGCUUCACUGGGGAUCCUGUGUUUGAGGCCCAUGCCCGGAGAGCCAUGGAUUUUCUGUGGGAGAAGAGGCAGAGAAACAGCAAUCUGGUUGGGACCACCAUCAACAUCCACUCUGGAGAGUGGGUCCGCAGAGACAGUGGAGUCGGAGCAGGAAUCGACUCUUACUAUGAGUACCUUCUCAAGGCCUACAUCCUCUUGGGAGAUGACCUGUUUCUUCAGCGGUUCAAUAUUCACUAUGCAUCCAUAAUGAAGUACAUUAGCCAGCCUCCGCUGCUGCUCGAUGUCCACAUCCACAAACCUCUGCUUCCCGCUCGCACCUGGAUGGACUCUCUGCUGGCCUUCUUCCCUGGACUGCAGGUGUUGAAGGGAGAUAUCCGCCCUGCCAUUGAGACUCAUGAGAUGUUAUAUCAAGUUACAAAGAAACAUAACUUUCUCCCAGAGGCCUUCACUACUGAUUUCAGGGUUCACUGGGCCCAACAUCCCCUGAGGCCUGAGUUUGCAGAGAGCACCUAUUUCCUUUACAAGGCCACAGGAGACCCUUAUUACCUGGAGGCAGGUCGCACCAUCCUGGACAACCUCAACCGCUUUGCUCGCGUCCCCUGCGGAUUUGCUGCAAUGAAGGACGUACGCACUGGAAGCCAUGAGGACAGAAUGGACUCCUUCUUCCUCGCUGAGAUGUUCAAAUACCUCUUCCUGCUGUUUGCUGAUGUUGAUGACUUGCCCUUUGACGUGGAGGACUAUGUCUUCACAACCGAGGCACACCUGUUGCCCCUGUCCCUCUCCACAGCUCCUCAUGCCUCAUCUAUUCCUUCAAACAAAACGUCAGAGGAGGAGCUGGAUGACUCGAACUUCGAUUGGACGUGCCCUAACACUCGCCUCCUGUUUCCCGACCCCGCCUUCCCUCGUAACCUGAGAGAACCGAUUCGUAGCGCUGUGGACAAGAGCUGCCCCCGUCCUGCACCGUACAGGGAGCCUGGCAUGGGCCGUCCUCCUCUCAGGGCUCAGGACUUCAUGGCAAACAACCCUGAACAUCUAGAGCUGCUGAGGAGAAUGGGAGUCAGUCUCAUCCACCUGAAAGAUGGCAGGGUGCAGCUGGUCCAGCAUGCUACACAGGCUGUGAGCGCGGUGGCAGCUGAGGACGGCGUGCGCUUCAUGCAGGAGAUGAUGGAGCUGUCCAGCCAGCAGCAGAAAGAGCAGCUGCCUCCCAGAGCCAUUCAGAUUGUCUCACAUCCAUUCUUUGGCAGGGUGGUGCUGACUGCCGGCCCAGCACAGUUUGGCACAGACCUCUCCAAAAGUUCCACAGGGGUUCGAGGCUUUGUGACUGUGGCUGAACCCUACAGCGGCUGCAGUGAGAUCACUAAUGCCGAGUACGUACGGGGCCGUAUCGCUCUGCUUCAGAGGGGACAGUGUAUGUUUGCAGAGAAGGCCAGACACAUCCAGAAGGCUGGCGCCAUCGGAGGCAUAGUCAUCGACGACAACGAGGGCAGCAGCAGCGACACGGCUCCCCUGUUUCAGAUGGCGGGGGAUGGCCGCAGCACAGAUGACGUCACCUUGCCUCUACUUUUCCUCUUUCACAAGGAGGGCAACAUCUUGUUGGAGGCAUUGAAGGAGUACAGGGAGGUGGAGGUGCUGCUGAGCGACAAAGCCAGAGACAGAGGUGUGGAUGCGCAAGAAGCAGAGGAAGACUGCACAACCGAGGCAACGACUCCCACCUCAUUUGAACCUGUUAGCCAAUCGCAAAUGAGCACAGUGGAGCUGGACGAACUGGCCCCUGAAGAGGUUACUCCAACACAGGAAGAAAACAGCCCUAUAGAAGAAGACACUAGUCCAGCAGAGGAAGUCAGUCCCCCGGAAGAGGAUGCUAGUUCUGCAGAUCAGGCCCAGCCCAAAGAGGAGAGAGACUCUGAGAAGAGAGAGGAGCCUGAGGGCGACACGGACUCAAGCAGUCAGUCAGUGGAUGAGCUGCUGGCUGAUUGGCGGGAAGACUUGGAGGCGUUCAAGCAGAUGGAGAAGGAUGAGCUCUGACAGCCGUCUGCCGUGUCGUGCCCUGUGACUGCGUAUUGAUCCCUCUGUGGGGGCGAGACCUUGGAGAGAACACAUCUGCACACGGCACCGGCUUCAGUCCGAUGAGGUCAAAGGAAGCUGGGUGGGGUGAUGUCUUUCAUGACUGUUUGUUCUCUUGCUCUCUGUGUGCCAAGGCGAGCCCACAUACUGUAUCACUGGACCAUAAGGGAGUCAUUUUUAGCCUGGUUGGUGUUGGAUAGAGACCAGGGUUCUUACCUCACUUUCUCAUACAGUUUCUGUUAAUCUGUCAUAACAAACCUUGAUGAAUGACGCGGACCAGACUGUAUGUAACAGCGUCUCACUUUCCGCUCCAUUUUACUUCUCGCACUGUUGUUCUCUCUAUGCAUUUCUGACUCCUCUUUGCUCAGAUGAAAGCUGGUCCAGCUCUUCUGACUAAUUAAUCCAUCGACCAAUUAAUUUUAUUUAAAUGUGAUGAUUAUUUGUGAUGAUGCAUUUACUGUCAUCACGGUCUGGGGCCUAAUCAGAUGUACACAUUGAUGUGAGUGGAAUUCAUGAGGAGGAUCGGUGAACAUUGAAUAAGCUGCAGGAUGUUUUUUUUUAUGGCUUUAUGGUAGACAAACUCAACACCAAACUUGAUCUCUUAUGAAGUCAUCUGUCAAUGUAAAUAUGUAUUUGUUUGAGAUAUAUUGACUGAAACGAUAUAGCGCUGCUUAGCUCAGGUUCUGGUUCACGCCCUACAAACAACAACCUCUGGACCACAUCGGGUGGAGCAGACACACCCUCAGCAACGCGGUGAGACGGAUUACACACCCGUCAGCUGCCACAGGAGGGUGCUAUAGGAUCUGUCUGUCAUAUUGUAGCUGCUGACUGAUUGGAAGGAGCAGAAAUAAGUUAAGACGAAAUUAAAUAAAAAUUGAGAGGGACAUGGGGAAA